UCCCAGUGUCAUGGAGACCACUGGAAGCUCAAGGAGCUGCUGGCACCCAGAAAGCAGCAGAAGAAAGAAGAGGUCAGUGGUCUUGGACUAGGUGAGCCAGUAGCGAUGUUUAUCACUGUGAUGUUUGGAGCUGGUUGCCGGGAGCUGGUGAACCCCUGGUGCAGCCUGGUAAAUUUCACUGUGCAUCUGAAACAGAAAGCUCAGGUUCCCCCAGAAGUAACUAUUGCCCUCCUGGCUGAAGAUGGGCACUUGGUGAAGUUAGAAGAGGAGACCACCCAGGCCCCAUCCAUGGCCUGUUCCCUGAUACAGGAACAAGGGACCUAUGUCCUGAUACAGGUCAUUAAAGGGAAAGAUGGAACCCCCACUCACUAUGAAUCGCUCCUGGACAACCUGGAUGACCAGUAUCCAGAGUUAGCAGAGGAGCUGUGCUGCCUCUCUGGCUUUCCAACCACAAGAAAUGGUCAGAGAAGACGCACGGGCAUUCGACGUGGCCACCGGGAACAAGGUCCCCCCCCUUCAAGGUCUCGAAGGGUGACCUCCCUAUCAUCUAGAAACCGCUAACUGGAGCCAAAGCCAGGUACAGAAAAGCAGGUUCUAUGAGCCGGCACACCACAGCCAAGCUGGACUUGAAUCCAAGGGGACUGGCCCUGACCUCUGCUUUAUGAUCAACUGCAAACAGACAGCAAUCCAGCAGGACUCCUCUUCCAGGACCUGGCGUUACUAAGAAGUUACAUCAGCAAGAAGGGAAAGGUCACAGACAGGAUGUGAGAGUCCCCCCAACCCCCACCCCAUUUGAGUGCAAAAAAAAAAAAAAAGAACCCAAGGACAAAAUAAGAAGAGAAAAGACACAGAUGUUCCUGUGGGCAGAGACAAUAGGCUCCUCUUGAGGUUUUAGGUCCCAGGAGACCACUUGCAAAUACCUCUCCAGUCUCCCUGCUUAGGAGUGUCCUUGACUAUCCACAAUGCAGACAGAUACGUGUUCCUCCCAUCCCAGAGGUUCAAGGACAGCCCAGGGUUCUAUAACAAGAUUCCUUACUCCCACAUCCUCUCUCCCACCUCCGCAAAGAUGAGGCAUAGCACAUUAACAAGAUAGCUGUUCCCCUAUCUCCCCUGAUCCUGCCCCACCCCCGCCCCCAGCCAACAGGGCAGUAAAUGGGCACACAGCAGGCUGCGGUCUAAAGUAAACUCUUUAAUUGAACAUUUAUGUCUCCUGUUAGUCUGCGGGUGAGAACUGUCCUUCCUUACUCCCAGUCACAAGGAUCCUCUCCUUUCCAUCAAGCUGUCG